AUGCGAGUCACUCGAGGACCUCCAAUUCCAUCGGCCGCGCAAGGUACCAAGCUUACGGAUACCGAAUGCUAUCGAAAGUCCCGAGAUGCGCCAGACGAAGCCUGCACCAAGGCACCGGAACCAAAAGACGGUGGACGAUUUAGAGUUGUACCCUCGUUUCCACAAGCGCGGCGAACCAUCUGGGGAAUCGAAUCAAAUCGAGUAUCCCAAAGAACUCUUCAGCAAGAUCUGGGCUGGCCGACACUUCAGCCCUUUGGAUCCCGCCCUAGUCGGGGUGGAAAGCCCGCUUCCAAGGUGCCAUUGCGUCUUUUUGCUCUCUGGCUGUUGGUCCGUUGCUGCCCGGGGGCCGAUCACGAGCUGGCUUGUCAACAAACAUGGGACGAUAUCGAAAGACAUGUGCUGGAUGUGGUCCGACAUCAGGAUACUCUAAUGCGAAAAGCAUAA